UGUCGUCAUCGGGGCGCCUGCGCGGUGGUGACGUGGCCGGGGGCUCUGCGGCCGCCUUGGGUCCUCCGUGACGUCACGCCCCCCGCCCCCCACCUCCCGGCUCGGCUGCACGGCUCCGGAGUGAAGAGAGGCCCUUUCCUUCCCUAUGGGCAGCUGGCAGGCAGGAAAGAACCUGCGACACUGCCUGGCACACCGCCCGCCCUUGGUCUGUGCUGCUCUUUCACUGCUGCUGCUGGGCGCCGCGGGCCUGGGCCUUGGGAGUUUUGUUCAUUUUCAUGGGGCCGGGCUCCACGACCCCGACGUACCCCAGGACUGGAUCUCCUUUCUGAGGUCCCUGGGGCGGCUGACCCUCUGCCCAGGGAAUGGGUCGGCUGGGGGAAGGCCACUUCUGCCUGGAACUCAUUCCGUGCGCCUGCUAACCAGCCUGAACCUCGGCGGGGGCCCAAAAGGGAACAAGACUCAGCGGCUGCAGGCUGCCCUCUGGGGCCAUCAGCUGGGCCUAACUGGCCUUUCUGCUGAAGAACUGGUCUUGAUCAGGACCCAGGCGCCAAUGGAGGGGACCCCAGGGACUUGCCUGGUCUUCAACGCGGCCCCUAGUGUCCUUCCCUUGAGCCAGCCGCCUCAGUCCUGCCAGGAAGAAGAAGACGGGGAAGCUGUGAAUGUGUUUGCCAGUGAGAACCCCAGGCCGGGAGAGGAGUGUUAUCGGGUCUGGGGCCGUGGAGAUGUCAUUGUCACCAAAUUACUUACCUCAGAGGAGCUGGCUCUGUGUGGUUCGCGGCUACUCUACUCCGGCUGUUUCCUCCUCCUCUUCUGUGGCCUCCUCUGCUGCUGUGCAGCCAUCUGUACCCAUCCCCACUGGGAGAGUCCCCAGUCCUGGAACCAGAUCUAGGGGCUGAAAGCCCCCACCCCCCACCCGCAUCUUAGGUUUGCCGCAGGAGUCCUCUGGCCCCGCGGGGCGUCUGGUCGGAAGGAAACCGAGGAUUGGGUUAAGGACCAAUAAAAUGUUUGCGUUCGUUCA